AUGAAGCUUGAGUGUAACGUUCGCACUCCUGGCUCCUGGCUUUUGCAAAACUUGCAAAAUUAUUUUUAUUGUUUUGUUCUCCUCUCACAGAUCAUCUUCUAUGAAGACAGGAAUUUCCAGGGCCGCUACUAUGAAUGUAGCAGCGACUGCACUGACCUGCACUCCUACUUCAGUCGUUGCAACUCCAUCCGGGUGGAGAGCGGCUGCUGGAUGGUCUAUGAGCGCCCCAACUACAUGGGCUACCACCAGUACUUCCUGAGGAGGGGCGAGUAUCCUGACUACCAGCGCUGGAUGGGCUACAAAGACUGCAUCAGGUCCUGCCGCAUGAUCCCUCAAUACAGAGGCUCAUACCGCAUGAGGAUUUAUGAGCGAGAAAGCUUUGGAGGUCAGAUGAUGGAGUUCAUGGAUGAUUGUGAUUCUGUCCAGGACCGCUUCAGGUAUCCAGACAUUAACUCUUGCCACGUGGAUGGUUACUGGAUCAUGUAUGAGCAGCCCCACUACCGUGGACGCCAGUACUUCCUGAGACCCGGAGAGUACAGGAGAUAUAGUGACUGGGGAGGCAUGACCCCUAAUAUUGGCUCCUUCAGACGUAUUGUGGAUUUCUGUUAA